UAAUUUUAUAGUUAAAAUCCGCCAUAGUGAGCAGCGGAGCAGAGAAUACAUUUGCAAACCCUCGUCCCGCUUUCGAUUCCGUCGUGAGAGAGUGAGAGAGAGAGAGGGAGAGAGGGGAGCGAUGUCUAGGGUUUUUGAAGGCUGCCGGGUUCUGAUGAAAACGGCGAGGACCGGGGUGAAGGCAGCGGCCACCCCCACGGCAGCAGGAGCGGCGGGGGCGGCGAAGCCCAAGAGCAACCCGGUCCUGAGGCCGCUGCCCGUCUCCCCGGCCAUGAGGAAGUUCGUCGGUGCCCCGGAGAUCUCGCGCGCUGAGGUCGUCAAGAAGAUCUGGGAGCACAUCAAGCUGAACCAGCUCCAGAACCCAACAAAUAAGAGGGAGAUUCACUGUGAUGAGAAACUGAAGACUAUAUUUAAUGGGAGAGACAAAGUUGGGAUGUUGGAGAUUGCAAGAUUGAUCACCCCUCAUUUUCAGAAAUCUAGCUAAACUGAUUAAAUUAUCAAAGACCGAUGUUUAGGUGUUCUUUUGUGAUCUAUGUUCAGGUCGUUCUAACAGUCAAUGUGAUCUUUUAGAAUUGGUUUUUGCUUGCAUGUUAUGACCAGGAUUAACUAACUGCCAUUUAUGUACAAAAUUUGGCAGCCUUUUGUCUUUGUUUUAGUUUGAUUACUAUGCUGAUUCCAGCUUUGGUAUA